UUUAAUUACGAUCUCUGUACUAAUGAUCUUGUCAGCGAUAACAAUUGAAUGGCACACUAAUGCUAUUCACAGCUGUGUACAUUUGUUGAUACGCGCGUAGGUAUAUAAAUUGUACCAUACGCAUUACCAUUUGCUUCGAAAAAUUUGCCAGGCACAGUGUGAAAGCAGAUCUACGAAAUGAAGCAGUUAGCGUGUAUCCUCAUCGCAUUGGCGAUCGUAGGUGCUUAUGGCGAUGAACCAGACAAGUUAGUAAAUGGAAUACCCGCGAACAUAGAAGACUAUCCGCAUUGUGUCUCCAUAAGGGUCGACAACACCCACUUUUGCGGCGGUAGCAUAAUUGACAAACAGCACAUUCUAACUGCCGGGCAUUGCGUAGCGCCUCUAAUUCAGGACUCCCGUCUAAGGAAAUCUGUGACCGUUGUUACUGGCACAACCUACCUCAAUGAAGGUGGACAGAGUCAUAAGGUGGAAAAACUGUGGUAUCACGAUGAUUAUAAUCCUCGCGCCAGUAGAGGCAAUUAUGACAUCGGUUUGAUAAAGCUGACUUCACCCAUUCAAUUUGGACCAAAAGUACGGCAAAUUGGGCUUCCAAGAAGGAAUAUAGCAGAGAAUGACGGCGUUACGAUUGCAGCAUGGGGUGCUAUGGGCCUCGGAAAACCCAUACAUAAAAACUUGCAGAAAUUGUACGCAAACGCCAUGCUUCCGCAAGAAUGCCAGCAAUAUCAUGGAAACUCUAUGCUCAUUCAUAACAACGAGUUCUGUACCCUCAUCAGCUACGGAACUGGAUUGUGCACUGGUGACAGCGGUAGCGGACUGCUUCGAAAUAGCGACAGAACCAUUGUCGGUCUGGUGUCUGGUGUAAGACCGUGCGCCAUUGGUUAUCCCGAUGUAUACACUAAUGUCUAUACCUUCGUUCCUUGGAUCCAACAAAAAAUGAGGCUCUAGUAACAUCUUUCUUUAUGUAUUACGUAUUCUUAAUAUUUAAUAAAGAUCAUUGAGCAAA